AUGGAACAACAGCAGACCGUCGCCUUGAAAGAGACCUACACACGCCCCGCUGGAGUAGAACCAUCCAACUCGCAUCUAUUUCGAGCCAGUCAUGCAAAACCGCCUGAAAUUCCUGUCCGUGUCGGUGCAGGAAGUGUCAAAGCACCUGAAAUACCUCCGAAAAAUCUUACGAAACGACCAACCACUAUCGGUGCUUCAAAUAAGGAUGAGAACAUCCCAAGCGCUAGCAUGGUAUUAUUACAACGUGUUGCACCAAACCGUGCGCCUCCAUUGCCACAAAAGUCGACCAGUCUUGCACAGGGUAGCUCGAAUAGCACAAUUCUACAGCACGCACCACAUUCCGUUGCUUCCGGCGUGGGAAUAGCAGCUUCCCCGGCGACUGUAACGUCAGCAGCAGCAGCAGCAGCACCAUCAUCAUCCGCAUUAGCAAGUGGUGUCGUGUCUACCAGGACGAAUGAUGCAUUAGGCAAAGAGCGCUCGUCCACAACAAAAACGACGACAAAACCUACAAAGCUGGAAGAUUAUGGAUCCGAAGAUGCUCUACGUGGAAUUGAGAGUGGUUUGCGAAAUGUGGAACGCGCAAUUAAAGAGCAGAUGAGUCUACGAUCUUCGGUGGAAGCAGAAGAGCAGCAGAGCAUCGCACAUCCGGUGAAAUUCGGACGGCUAGAGCUAAUGGGUAAACAUUCCAAUUCAAUGGGGUCGGCCACAUCGUUGGACAAUCCUUUCGAUGGACCCGGUACGGCUUCAGGUAUGGCGCAAGGGUUUAAGUUCGAUCGGUUCGAUCAAAACCCAAAGCAAAUGGGGUUGGAACGUGGAGUAAGCAUGGAAAAGUUGCGCUUUGACUCUGGAGGUUCCGGAUCAUUUCAUGACCAUACCACAAAUGGUAUGGAACACGGCAUACCACAAAGACCGAUGGAGCAUCAGUUUCGUUCGUUGGAUCGACACCUUCCGCUCGAAUUGCAAUACGGAAGCAGCCAACAGCGGCAACGAUCUCAGGAGAUGGAGUUUAUCAAACAGCAGCUUCUUCCCGUUAUCGCUCGUAGUAAGGAAACGAACAGCUUGAAUCGUCAGAUGGGAUUGUCCAAGGACGAUCUUCGGACAAGGCGGCGUUCGUCGCAUGAUGAGAGUCUGUUUUCAAUUAACAAUUCAGCUCCACGCAUGAAAGAGCAAUGGGAGGAUACAAACCAAUCGGUAAUGCAACGCAAAACCCAGCUCACAGCAAUGCUCGGGGACUCUCAAAGAUACGAAGCAAAGAGGCUAGAAAUAGACGCUUGGUUAAGCAGAAUGGAGACAAUAACGGAACGGAUGGGACCAGUGGCAACGACGGCCGACGUAUUGGACAUUCAACAGAAAGAGCAAAAGUCCUUCCAUGCGGAGCUGCAUAAAUUUAAUCAUCAAAUUGAAUUAUUCAACCAACUGACCCAAAAACUAAUAUCGGUAUACCAGUGUGACGAUACAUCGAGAAUUAAGAGAAUGACCGAAUCAAUCAACCUGAGGUACAAUAACUUAAAUAACUCUAUUAUUUCGAGAGGGAAACAACUUCAUGCCGCCAUACAUUCAUUGCAAACAUUUGAUCGUACAUUUGAACAGUUCCUCGGUUGGCUGAGUGAAGCAGAAUCGCUAUGUGAGAAUACGGAAUCGGAGGCGGACAGGAAUCCACAUUGCUUAAAGGAUUUGCAAUCAGAAAUCGACGCAAACCGGAAGGUAUACGAAGGACUGGAUAAUACUGGACGUAAGCUGCUGCGUUCGUUAACAUCACAAGAGGAUGCUGUAAUGUUGCAGCACAAGUUGGACGAAAUGAAUCAGCGUUGGAACCAUCUGAAUUCGCGCAGUGCCGCCAUUAGGAACCGUUUGGAAUCAAAUUCCGAUCAUUGGAAUGCUCUACUGCUUUCGUCUCGCGAACUUACGGAGUGGGUAAUUCGGAAAAAUACCGAACUCACCUCGAUCGGAUUCGGCUCGAUCAAUGGUGAUUCCAACAGCUUGCAAAUGCAGUUGGAUGAGCAUAAAGCAUUUCGCCGCCAACUUGACGAUAAGAGGUCUAUUAUCGAGAACAACCUUAUGAAUGGCAGGCAAUACAUAUCAAAUGAAUCACCACUCUCCGAUACAAGUGAUUCCGAAGCAAUUGAUGAAACUAUGUACAUAUCUACCGAAGAACAAAAUCGCAUUCUGAGCCGAAGCAUACGCCGGGAGGUGAACAAACUGUCGGAACAAUGGACACUGUUGAUUGAAAGGUGCGACAAAUGGAAGCAUCGGCUGGAUGAAAAUAUUACGAAAAUGCGACAAUUUCAAAAAAUACUCGAAGAUUUAAGCUCACGAGUAGCUUCAGCUGAAACAAUUACCCACUCGUGGACAAUCCCCGCCCCGGGGUCGGACACUACCGAAGAGAUGCAGCAUUUACAACGCUUGAAGGACAAACUUACCACAGCUAAUGCACUGCUGGAUGACUGUAACGAGCAGCAAAACUUUUUCUCCUCCUGUCGUGUAAUCGUUCCGAGCCCGUAUUUGGCCAAGCUUGAAGAUAUUAAUACACGCAUGAAGCUUUUACACAUUGCUGUAGAAGAACGGUUCAAAGUUCUGCAGCAAAGUAAUCAAACGCAUGUUAGUGGGGAAGAUGGUAUGCUUGGAAGCCAUCAUGAGGAGGGUGGAAAAUUUACCAAACCUCUUCACAUUGUCGGUGGAGGUACGACUGUUCCAAACCUAGAAAAAAGCGUCCAAAUACCAUGGGAACGUGCAGUGACACCUGCCAAUGUGCCUUAUUAUAUCAAUCACGAACGUGAAAGCACACAUUGGGAUCAUCCAGAAAUGAUAGAGCUAAUGAAAUCUUUAGCUGAUCUGAACGAAGUCCGAUUUUCCGCUUACCGCACUGCGUUGAAGCUCCGAACAGUCCAGAAAAGACUCGCUUUCGAUCGUUUGAAUAUGAGUGUUGCCAUCGAAAUUUUUGAUCGAUAUGGUUUGCGGGCACAGAAUGAUAAACUGAUUGAUAUACCCGACAUGACAACGAUUUUAAAUUCGUUGUACACAACGCUGGAACCCAACGAUCGUGCAGUUAUGCUAGAUUUGGCUAUCAAUUGGAUACUCAAUGUGUAUGAUUCUCAGCGAACGGGACAAAUACGGGUACUCAGCUUCAAGGUUGGAUUAAUUCUAUUGUGCCGCGGGCAUCUGGAGGAGAAAUAUCGUUAUCUCUUUCGGUUGAUUGCGGAUCUGGAGAAAAAGGUAGAUCAGCGGAAAAUGGGGCUGCUAUUGCACGAUUGCAUACAAGUGCCCCGCCAGCUGGGGGAAGUUGCCGCCUUUGGUGGCUCCAACAUUGAACCUUCGGUCCGAUCGUGCUUUGAGCUUGCUGGUGGUGUUAGUCAAAACGGCGAAUUGUUAGAAACGGCAAUUGAAGCGCAACACUUUCUCAGCUGGCUCCAACAUGAACCCCAAAGCAUCGUAUGGCUUCCCGUGUUACAUAGACUUGUGGCGGCUGAAACUGCGAAGCAUCAAGCUAAAUGUAACAUAUGCAAGGAGUACCCGAUAGAAGGUUUUCGGUACCGGUGCCUGAAAUGUUUCAAUUUCGACAUGUGCCAAAAAUGUUUCUUUACUGGACGCAGUACAAAGAAUCACAAACUAAGUCACCCAAUGCACGAAUACUGCACAACGGCUACAUCGACGGAAGAUGUAAGAGAUUUCACCAGAGCACUGAGGAACAAGUUUAAAAGCCGCAAAUAUUUUAAGAAGCAUCCUCGCGUUGGUUACCUUCCCGUACAAAGUGUGCUCGAAGGUGAUGCUCUGGAAAGUCCUAUCCCAAGCCCACAACACGGAACUCACACACUGCAGAACGAUAUGCACUCUCGGUUGGAAAUGUAUGCAUCCCGUUUGGCACAGGUGGAGUGUGGCACUCGAUCCAACUCCACACCUGACAGUGACGAUGAACAUCAGCUGAUUGCACAGUACUGUCAAGCGUUGCCAGCAGCAAACGCGACCGGUAACACAACGGGCAGCGGUGGUCCCAAGUCCCCGGUGCAGGUAAUGGCUGCAAUGGAAGCCGAGCAGCGAGAGGAGCUGGAAACUAUGAUAAAAGAGUUAGAGGAAGAAAAUGCAAAUUUACAGGCCGAAUAUGAAAAGCUUAAGGCAAAGAAAACAAGCACUCCCAUCACUACACCGGAUGAAGGAUAUAAAACUCCGACAUCUACAUCGAAUGCUAUACUUUCAUCUGUCACACCGACUUCUACCGGUGGUUCGGAUAUGGUCACAGAGGCCAAACUGUUGCGACAACAUAAAGGAAGAUUGGAAGCUAGAAUGCAGAUAUUAGAAGACCAUAACAAGCAGUUGGAAGCACAAUUGCAACGCUUACGACAGUUGUUGCACGAGCCAACACCUCCGAAACCUCAAACGCUACAAACUAGGUCCGUAACAGCAUCCCAACUAAAUACCGAUUCGCCGGCUAAAAUGCAACAUAAUGGUCAUUAUGAUCAGAAAAUUCCCUCUGAAUUGAAUCAAAAACCUACAUCUCUGUAUGGUCCCGUCGGAGGAGGCAGCAUCAAUGGGUACCUUUCAAUGGUGGGCGAUGAAAUGAGACAACGGGAGCAGUACAGUGUGGAUGUUUAUGACAAAACAGGGGCAGGAGCAGCCGCUGUAACUAAUGCCUUUUCAUCAAAUAAACCAGUAGGUUCUGGUGGAGGUGUUGGUAUGGGUAGUGGAGGGAAUGGAAGUAUGAUGCCAUUGGAAUACGGGAUGGAUGAACGACCACCGCCACCACCACAUUCAAGUUUAUUACACAUGGCCGACGACCUCAAUAAAGCCGUAGAGGAAUUGGUCCACAUCAUGACAACGGAGUCGAAGGAUGAAUUGCAACACGAGAACAAAACAGCGGGACUGCAAUAA